CAACCCUUUUUCCUCAAACAAUUUUCAACUUUCCUAAAUGGAUACUUCUACUUCAAGAAAAUCAAACUUCAAUGAUUUCUUGCCUAUAAUGGCUGAAAAACUAGGUGGGGAUGGUUUAAUAGGUGAGUUAUGUAAAGGGUUUCAGUUAUUAAUGGACAAAGAUAAAAGGGUCAUUACAUUUGAGUCUCUCAAGAAGAAUUCAGCUUUGUUAGGACUUCAAGAUUUGAAUGAUGAUGAUCUUAAGAGUAUGCUUAAAGAAGGUGAUUUUGAUGGUGAUGGAGCUCUUAAUCAGAUGGAAUUUUGUGUGUUGAUGUUUAGAUUGAGUCCUGAGUUAAUGGAGCAAUCUCAGUUUUUGUUAGAUGAAGCUCUUCAUCAAGAGUUCAAAUUGUAACUUUUUAUCUUUUGUAUACUUGCACAUUGAAAAUAUAUACAGAAAGGUGAAUCCAUUGAAGAAA